UUUAUAAUAAUAAAACUAUUUGUCCCCUUUUACAACUACAGGUGCUCCAGCAACAACUACAGCAACCCCAGCAACAACUACAGCUGCUGCAGUCACAACUACAGCUGCUCCAGCCACAACUACAGCUGCUCCAAUCACAACUACAGCUGCUCCAGCCACAACUACAGCUGCUCCAGCCACAACUACAGCUGCCCCAGCAACAACUACAGGUGCUCCAGCAACAACUACAGGAACCCCAGCAACAACUACAGCUGCUCCAGUCACAACUACAGCUGCUCCAGCAACAACUACAGCAACCCCAGCAACAACUACAGCUGCUGCAGUCACAACUACAGCUGCUCCAGCCACAACUACAGCUGCUCCAGUCACAACUACAGGUGCUCCAGCAACAACUACAGCAACCCCAGCAACAACUACAGCUGCUGCAGUCACAACUACAGCUGCUCCAGUCACAACUACAGCUGCUCCAGCCACAACUACAGCUGCUCCAGUCACAACUACAGCUGCUCCAGCCACAACUACAGCUGCUCCAGCCACAACUACAGCUGCUCCAGUCACAACUACAGGUGCUCCAGCAACAACUACAGCAACCCCAGCAACAACUACUGCUGCUGCAGUCACAACUACAGCUGCUCCAGCAACAACUACAGGUGCUCCAGUCACAACUACUGCUGCUGCAGUCACAACUACAGCUGCUCCAGCCACAACUACAGCUGCUCCAGUCACAACUACAGGUGCUCCAGCAACAACUACAGCAACCCCAGCAACAACUACAGCUGCUGCAGUCACAACUACAGCUGCUCCAGCCACAACUACAGCUGCUCCAGUCACAACUACAGGUGCUCCAGCAACAACUACAGCAACUCCAGCAACAACUACAGCUGCUGCAGUCACAACUACAGGUGCUCCAGCAACAACUACAGCAACCCCAGCAACAACUACAGCUGCUCCAGUCACAACUACAGCUGCUCCAGUCACAACUACAGCUGCUCAAGCUACAACUACAACUGCUCAAGCUACAACUUCAGCUGCUCCAGCCACAACUACAGCUGCUCCAGUCACAACUACAGGUGCUCCAGCAACAACUACAGCAACCCCAGCAACAACUACAGCUGCUCCAGUCACAACUACAGCUGCUCCAGUCACAACUACAGGAGCUCCAGCCACAACUACAGCUGCUCCAGCCACAACUACAGCUGCUCCAGUCACAACUACAGGUGCUCCAGCAACAACUACAGCAACCCCAGCAACAACUACAGCUGCUGCAGUCACAACUACAGCUGCUCCAGCCACAACUACAGCAACCCCAGCAACAACUACUGCUGCUGCAGUCACAACUACAGGUGCUCCAGCAACAACUACAGGAACCCCAGCAUCAACUACAGCUGCUCCAGUCACAACUACAGCUGCUCCAGUCACAACUACAGCUGCUCCAGCCACAACUACAGCUGCUCCAGCCACAACUACAGCUGCUCCAGUCACAACUACAGGUGCUCCAGCAACAACUACAGCAACCCCAGCAACAACUACAGCUGCUGCAGUCACAACUACAGCUGCUCCAGUCACAACUACAGCUGCUCCAGUUACAACUACAGCUGCUCCAGCCACAACUACAGCUGCUGCAGUCACAACUACAGGUGCUCCAGCAACAACUACAGCAACCCCAGCAACAACUACAGCUGCUGCAGUCACAACUACAGCUGCUCCAGCCACAACUACAGCUGCUCCAGUCACAACUACAGGUGCUCCAGCAACAACUACAGCAACCCCAGCAACAACUACAACUGCUGCAGUCACAACUACAGCUGCUGCAGUCACAACUACAGCUGCUCCAGCCACAACUACAGCUGCUCCAGUCACAACUACAGGAGCUCCAGCCACAACUACAGCUGCUCCAGCCACAACUACAGCUGCUCCAGUCACAACUACAGCUGCUCCAGUCACAACUACAGCUGCUCCAGCCACAACUACAGUUGCUCCAGCCAUAACUACAGCUGCUCCAGUCACAACAACUGCUAUUCCUGAUAGAACUUACUUUGUUAUAUCAAUUUUUGUUGAAACAUUUAAUGAAGCAUUUAAUAAUAGAGAGAGCCAAGAAUUUAAAAAUCUUGAGAAAAGAGCCACAGAAACAUAUGACGUUAUCUAUGAGGAAGAGUAUGGAGAAAUGUUCAUCCGUAGUUUUGUCUUUAGAUUACG